AUGUUAGAUUUGGGAAUUUUCAUUUUGAGGUUCAUUACGAGCCCUGAUGCUUCUAUUGCUUCUAUUUUUGGAUGGCUGAUCACUGGAUCGUUUGGACUUGUGGCCGUGAUAUAUGCUGUUCUCAAGUGGCAGCGAAGGGCGUCUUUGAAUUGGAUUAAAGCUGCAGCUAGGGAAAAGAAGAAAGUUUGGAAGAAAUUUAAAGUACCGCUAUCGGAACAUUUGUGGGUUGAGGAUUUUACUUAUGGCGAACAGCCAUCCACUUGUUGUUUCUGCUUGACUUCUUUAUGGCCUUCUCAAAAUUUAGGUGCAACAGCCACACCGCAUACUCCUCUCCAUCGUUGCUCGGUUUGUGGCGUUGCAGCUCAUUUUCUUUGUUCUCCAUUUGCUGCGAAGGAUUGUAAGUGUGUGGCUCAGGCUGGUUUUAGUCAUAUUAGACACCAUUGGUCAGAAAGAUGGGUUAAUAUAGAUGAUCAUCAUGAGAUGUCUACCUUCUGCUUUUACUGUGACGAAGCGUGUGGUGUCCCGUUUGUUAAAUCUUCUCCUACAUGGCACUGCCGUUGGUGUCAACGCCUCAUUCAUGUGAAGUGUCAUAACAAAUUGACUAGAGAUUCUGGUGAUUUUUGUGAUUUGGGUUCUUUGAGGCCAAUUGUCCUCUCCCCUCUUUGUGUCAAAGAAGUUGAUGAAGAUCAAAAGGAAGGGAAGUUAAGUUCUAUUAUAACCUCUUCCGUUCGCGGUCAGAUUAGAAAGCGGCGUAACCAUAAUAAAAAUGGAGGUGGUUGCCAUGCUAAUGGUAAGUCACGAGGUUCCUCUGUUGCUGAUGCAUCAUUAUUAGAGUAUGUGUUUAAUGGUUUCCACCGGAAAAAGGACAAAGAUGGGAAGCUCUUUGAUUCCACAAAUACACCUGGCCCAAUCAAGAAAUACACAUUGGUUGAUUUGCCAAAUGAUGCAAGGCCACUUUUGGUCUUUAUCAAUACCAGAAGUGGUGGGCAGCUUGGGCCUUCUCUUCACAGAAGAUUGAAUAUGCUACUAAAUCCUGUUCAGAUCUUUGUAUUGAGUGUUUCUCAAGGUCCUGAGGUAGGUCUUGAAUUGUUCAAAAGUGUACCAUAUUUUAGAGUGUUGGUAUGUGGUGGGGAUGGCACUGUUGCGUGGGUCCUUGACGCUAUAGAAAAGUACAAUUUUGAGUCACCUCCACCCGUUGCAAUUAUUCCCCUAGGCACAGGAAAUGAUUUAUCCAGAGUACUUAAUUGGGGAAGAGGCUUCUCUGCACUUGAUGGACAGGGUGGGUUGACCAUGCUUUUGCAUGACAUUAGCAAUGCAGCAGUUACUAUGCUAGAUCGUUGGGAAGUUAAACUUGCAGAAGAAAUCUCCAAAGGAAAACCUCAUAGAGUUAAAACUAAAUCCAUGAUGAACUACCUAGGCAUUGGGUGUGAUGCAAAGGUUGCAUAUGAAUUUCAUGUUACUCGAGAGAUAAAUCCCGAAAAGUUUAGUAGUCAGUUUUUGAAUAAAUUACGAUAUGCAAAAGAAGGAGCAAGAGACAUCAUGGACAGAACUUGUGCUGACUUGCCAUGGCAAGUAUGGCUUGAAGUUGACGGGCAAGACAUUGAGAUUCCCAAGGAUUCAGAGGGCUUAAUUGUGCUAAACAUUGGGAGCUACAUGGGUGGAGUAGAUCUUUGGCAAAAUGACUAUGAGCAUGAUGACGAUGAUUUUAGUCUUCAAUCCAUUCAUGACAAAAUGCUUGAAGUAGUGUGUGUUUGUGGAGCAUGGCACCUGGGAAAACUUCAGGUUGGACUUUCGCAAGCAAGAAGGCUAGCUCAAGGUAAAGUCAUCAAGAUACACUCUUCCAGUCCUUUCCCAGUUCAAAUCGACGGAGAACCAUUUAUCCUACAACCAGGCUACAUAGAAUUAACUCAUCGUGGGCAGGUAUUUAUGAUGAGGAGGACUUCUGAAGACGAGCCUAAAGGGCAAGCAGCUGCUAUAAUGACAGAUGUAUUACUCGAAGCCGAGUCUAAGGGCAUCAUUAAUACAUCUCAGAGAAAAGUUCUUCUCAAGGACAUAGCCAUCAAUCUUUCUUAA